AUGGCCGCGGUGGGCUCUCACAACAAGAAGAAAUGCGCCAUUUUAGGCGCAACAGGAUCUGUUGGCCAAAGAUUCAUUCUCCUCCUGGCGGAUCAUCCGAUGCUUCAUCUACAAGCUGUGGGUGCAUCGUCAAGAUCUGCUGGUAAACCCUACAAAGAUGCCGUUCGGUGGAAACAAGCGAGGCCAAUGUCGACGGAGUUGCAGGUGAGGGAAUGUAAAGCGAGAAACUUCGCCGAUUGUGACCUCGUAUUCUCAGGUCUCGACAGUGAUGUUGCUGGCGAAGUCGAAAUGGAGUUUCUAAAAGCAGACAUCCCCGUUUUCUCAAACGCAAAGAAUUACAGGAGGGAUCCUAUUAUGCCGUCGGUGGUGCCUACGGUUAAUCUCCCACAUCUCGCGCUCAUUCCUCAUCAGCGGCAGCACUUUGGCUUGAGGAGAGGAUUCCUGGUCUGCAAUUCUAAUUGCGCCAGGAUGUUUGAAGUAUUCACAGAACAAGCUGUGUCGGGAGCCGGCUACCCGGGUGUCGCGAGCAUGGAUAUCAUGGACAAUGUCAUCCCGUAUAUCGUUGGAGAGGAAGACAAACUUGGAACAGAAGCUCAAAAGAUUUUAGGAUCGAUCAAUUCCGACGCAACGGCAUUUGAAGAACAAAAGGGACUCACGGUGGGUGCUACAUGCACGCGAGUCGGUGUGACGGACGGUCAUAUGGCAUUUGUGUCAUUGAGAUUCAAGCAAGACCUCCACCGAGCGCUGAGCAGGUCAAGGAGGCCAUGA